AUGAUGCAGGAUAAGGAAGAUAUUCUGAUUUGGAUCGAUCGAGCCAAAGAAACUCCUGUUAGCCUUGAAGCAUAUGUUGAGAAUAUUCGCAAACUCCAAAUUCAGACCCAUCAUGCGAAUUUGGAUUUGAAUGUCGAACCAGGCAUCAUGACAGAGCGUUAUGUGCGGAGAAGUUUGGAGUCGGAAGAGCUCCGCGACGAAUCUGUCUGUCAAUACGAUGGAUUUUUUGACACAACAGUUUCUCACGGCUUCAGUCAACAGAAGCGAGAUUCGUCAAAUACGAGCAAAGGAUCCAGAAAUUGUCAGCCUGCGGACAUACAUGAAACAACCGUAAAUUGGAUUGAUCAUUACUUCCCAUUCGUCAAUGGCUGA